CUGGGCGACCGGGGCGGUGCCUGUCUGAUGCAACACAUGGGACACCGGGUAAUCCAGAAAGGUUCAGCCGCUUUUUCUGCACGCUGCCGGUUUGGGCUCGAGCCUGGGCUGAAAUGGCUUUGGAGGUGACCCACGCGGUGGCUGGGCUCGGGCUGGGGGAACUCUACGUCUCAGAUCGAGAGGGGAGUGAUGCAACUGGUGAUGGAACAAAAGAGAAACCUUUUAAAACAGGCCUAAAGGCUCUGAUGACAGCAGGAAAGGAGCCAUUUCCUACUAUUUAUGUGGAUUCACAGAAAGAAAAUGAGAGAUGGGAUGUUAUUUCCAAAUCCCAGCUGAAGAACAUUAAAAAAAUAUGGAACAGGGAACGAAUGAAGAACGAAUCCCGAGAGCAAAGAGAGGCAGAAGACAAUUUAAGACGAGAGAGAAACCUAGAGGAAGCAAAGAAAAUUACCAUUAAACAGGAUCCAAGUCUUCCAGAGGCAAAAUGUGUAAAGAUUUGUGCUUUAGAAGCACAUCGAGGCCAACGAGUGAAGGUGUUUGGCUGGGUUCAUAGGUUACGCAGGCAAGGAAAGAAUUUAAUGUUUCUUGUAUUAAGAGAUGGUACAGGAUAUCUUCAAUGUGUCUUGUCAGAUGAACUGUGUCAGUGUUACAAUGGAGUGGUCUUGUCUACAGAGAGUAGUGUGGCAGUGUAUGGAACGCUCAAUCUUACACCAGAAGGCAAGCAGGCACCAGGAGGCCAUGAGCUGAGCUGUGACUAUUGGGAAUUGAUUGGCCUAGCUCCUGCUGGGGGAGCUGAUAACCUGAUCAACGAAGAGUCCGAUGUAGAUGUCCAGCUUAAUAAUAGAUACAUGAUGAUCCGAGGAGAGAACAUGUCCAAAAUUUUGAAAGCACGUUCAAUGGUCACCAGAUGUUUUAGAGACCACUUUUUUGAUAGGGGAUAUUAUGAAGUCACUCCUCCAACAUUAGUACAAACGCAGGUGGAAGGUGGUGCCACACUUUUCAAACUUGACUAUUUUGGAGAAGAGGCAUUUUUGACUCAGUCAUCACAGUUAUAUUUGGAGACUUGCAUCCCAGCUUUAGGAGAUGUCUUUUGUAUUGCUCAGUCAUAUAGAGCGGAACAGUCCAGGACACGAAGACAUUUGGCAGAGUACACUCACAUUGAAGCCGAGUGUCCCUUCCUGACGUUUGAUGAUCUCCUAAACCGUUUGGAAGACUUGGUUUGUGAUGUAGUUGACAGGGUCUUGAAAUCACCUGCAGCAAGCUUAUUAUAUGACCUUAACCCGACUUUCACACCCCCCAAAAGACCUUUCAAACGGAUGAACUACUCAGAUGCCAUUGUGUGGCUAAAGGAACAUGAUGUAAAGAAGGAGGAUGGCACCUAUUAUGAAUUUGGAGAGGAUAUCCCAGAAGCCCCUGAGAGACUGAUGACAGACACCAUUAAUGAACCGAUCUUGCUGUGUCGAUUUCCUGUAGAGAUCAAGUCCUUCUAUAUGCAGCGAUGUCCUGAGGAUUCCCGGCUUACUGAAUCUGUAGAUGUGUUGAUGCCAAAUGUUGGUGAGAUUGUGGGAGGCUCCAUGCGUAUCUGGGAUAAUGAAGAACUGCUAAAGGGAUAUAAAAGAGAAGGCAUUGAUCCCACUCCCUACUACUGGUAUACUGAUCAGAGAAAAUAUGGUACAUGCCCUCACGGAGGGUAUGGCUUGGGCUUGGAACGGUUCUUAACUUGGAUUUUGAACAGAUACCAUAUCCGAGAUGUGUGCCUGUACCCACGUUUCGUCCAGCGUUGUAAACCCUAACUGUCUAGUGAAGGACAGCAAUAGGAACAGGUACAUACAGCUUAAUGGAAAGAUACAACUUCCCACAAUGAAAUGAUCCAUCUGUUUUUUUUUUUUUUUUGGUCCCAUCAGAGUGUUUCUGCUUGUGUUAUCUGUUCUCAUUGCCAUAAAAUAGUCACAAUUAUUUGGAAUGUCCCAGAAAUAAAAUGACCUCAAGUGAUA